UUUUGGGAUUCCCGAGGCAGCUCCGGUGGGCAGCAGCGGGCGUACUGCUGCCUCCGGGAGCUGGGCAAGAUGCUGUUUGGCGUCAAGGACAUUGCGCUGUUGGAACACGGGUGCAAGGCCCUGGAGGUGGACAGUUACAAGUCCCUGAUGAUCCUGGGCAUCCCGGAAAACUGCAACCACGAGGAAUUCGAGGAGAUCAUACGGGCCCCCCUGAAGCCCCUGGGCAAGUUUGAAGUGGCCGGGAAGGCCUUCCUGGAAGAAGAUAAGACCAAGGCGGCCAUCAUCAGACUGGCCGAGGACAUCAAUUACUCCGUGAUCCCCAGGGAGAUCAAGGGCAAGGGCGGGGUGUGGAGAGUGGUCUACAUGCCCCGGAAGCAGGACGUCGAAUUCCUCACCAAGCUGAACCUCUUCCUCCAGAGCGAGGGCAGGACCGUGGAGGACGUGGCCCGGGUCCUGAGGCAGGAACUGUGGCCUGCAGGGGCGGGCCCCAGCGGUCUGCCCGCGAGAAAGUUCUGCGUUUCCGGGCCCGGGAAGGAGCCAGGGGCUGAGACCGCCGCUGGAGUGGACAGCAUGCCCACUCCGGACUCCACAGAGGAGAGCAAGGCCGGCGAUGACAAGAGGGGCAAGAGGAAGCACAGAAAAAACCGUCGGCGGCACCAUGCAUCUGACAAGAAGCUGUGAGGUGACGUGCGGUGGGUGGUGGGCCGUGUGAGUGAGGGUGGGUGGCAUAUGAAUGGGUGUGGGUGAUGUCUGUGUGAAGAUGGGUACCAUCUGAGCAAGUUUGGGGAAUGCGAAUGAGUAUGGGUAAUACAACUGAGGGUGAGUAUUACUGGAGCGCAUAACUUUUGAGUAAGAAUGGGUAUCACCAGAGUGAGCAUGGGUAACAUCUGAGGAUUGAGUGAGGAUGGGUAUUUUUAUCUCAGCUAACUUGUGGGUUACCUCUGAGUGGCUGUGGUUAGCAUCUGGUCAAGUGUGGGUCAUUCAUUCAUUCAUUCAUUCAUUCCACAGGUAUUUAUUGCACACAUGUGUGUCUCAGACACUCUUCUAGGAGUUGGGGGUGCAGAAGGGAAGACACCCAACAAAAACCCCUGCCUUCGUGGCAUUCACGUAAAGUGGGUAACAUUUGAGUUACCUGAAUACAUCUGAGAGAGUGUGGGUACCAUCUGAGUGGAUGUGGGUAAUAGCUGAGUAAGCAUAAUGUCUGGUUGAGUGUGAGUAUAAUCUAUGGAUUCAUGGAACAAAUAGCACCUACGGGCACUGUUUUAGGCACUGAGGUUACAGAAGGAAUGAAACAGGCUCAAAUCCUUGCCCUCGUGGCACGUAUAUUAAAUAUUUGAGUAGGUGUGGGUAACAUCUGAGUUACUUGAAUAAAUGCGAGGAGCGUGGGUACCACUUCAGUGUAUACCUAACCUGAGUAUGAGUGAGAGUAAUAUAUGAGUUGGGUAAUAUUUGCUUAGUUGCGGGUAACAUUUGAGCUUGUGGAGUUAACACCUGAGUACGUGUGUGGGUGUUAUUUGAGUGGGUGAGGGUAACUUCUGAAUGAGGGAGGGUCUCAAAAACCUGCAUACAGCUCUGACAACCCGGAGAUCCUGCUGGGACCAGCUGCGCAGCUGGAGCCAGAGCGGAGGAGAGCGUCCAGCUGUUGCCUUGGAGACCGCGGGCGG